GUUGCUAUUUGCCGCCAGCCAGCCAGUCUGUCGUUCGCAACCGUGGCGUAGACCUUGUUUUUGGUAUCAGCUAAAACGAUUAAAUUUGAGGCCAAAUAUAAAUAUUUUAGUUUUUGGCGUCAUAUUAAUUGCUCAAGGUUAUACUUGAUUAAGAAGCGGAUCGUACAUCUGGGUUUUAUCUGUCGUUUGAGGAAUCAGGACUGUGUAUUUCUCUAGGCCGCAGUGUCUGAGAUCAACAACAUGGCCGAUGACUUGGACAUCGAAGCAAUGUUAGAGGCUCCUUAUAAAAAGACUUGCCUAUAUCUCACCUCUACUCCCAUGAAUUCCAGUGUGAACUGUCAAAAAAAUGAAGGAUGACAACAAGUCCUUAAGUACCAAUGGCCACGAGGAGCGGAGCAAGAAGAAAAAGAAGAGCAAGAGUCGCAGCAGAAGCAAGAGUCGGGAGAGGAAAAGAAGCAAGAGUCGUGACCGUAAGAAGAGCCAUGAUCGCAGACGGAGCCGCAGUAAGGAACGCAAACGCAGCCGCAGCAAGGAGAGGCGCCGUUCCAGGAGCAGGGAGCGUGGUGGUCGUUACAGAGCUCCAUUUUCUGGCCAGAAAUUUAACGGUGGUCCCAGGGGGAAGACUGGCCCACCACCUGCCAUCAAACUAAGCCGUAAAAGGUCUAGAAGCCGCAGUCCUUUCAAAAAAGACAAAAGCCCUGUGAGACUGCCCAUUGAUAACCUCACGCCCGAGGAGAGAGAUGCGCGCACAGUGUUCUGCAUGCAGCUGGCAGCCAGAAUCCGACCACGAGACCUGGAGGAAUUCUUUUCUGCUGUGGGAAAAGUGAGAGAUGUACGAAUCAUCUCUGAUAGAAACUCCAGAAGAUCCAAGGGUAUUGCUUACAUUGAGUUUGUGGAUUCCACCUCAGUACCUUUGGCAAUUGGCCUGUCUGGGCAAAGACUUCUUGGAGUACCAAUCAUUGUCCAGGCUUCACAGGCUGAAAAGAACAGAGCAGCUGCAUUGGCCAACAACUUGCAGAAAGGAAAUUCUGGACCCAUGAGGCUGUAUGUCGGCUCAUUGCAUUUUAACAUUACAGAGGACAUGCUUAGAGGCAUCUUUGAACCAUUCGGAAGGAUUGAUAGUAUUCAACUCAUGAUGGACAGUGAAACUGGAAGAUCCAAAGGAUAUGGCUUUAUCACUUUUGCUGAUGCUGAAUGUGCUAAGAAAGCUCUGGAACAGCUAAAUGGCUUUGAGCUGGCUGGCAGGCCGAUGAAAGUAGGACAUGUGACAGAGCGCACUGAUGCUUCAACUGCCAGCUCCUUCUUGGACAAUGAUGAGCUGGAGAGGACUGGAAUUGAUCUGGGAACUACAGGAAGACUUCAACUCAUGGCCAGACUGGCUGAGGGUACUGGUCUUCAAAUUCCACCUGCUGCACAGCAGGCUCUUCAGAUGAGUGGCUCCAUGGUAGCCAUGGCUGCAGCUACUGCUGCUAUGAACCCUGGGUUGAGUUUUAACAUUAACGUGCCCACAAACCAAGCUUUGAAUCUGCCAUCUCAACCAAUUGCUACACACUGCUUCCAGCUCUCCAACAUGUUCAAUCCAAAUUCAGAAAAUGAACAUGGUUGGGAAAUUGAAAUUCAGGAUGAUGUGAUUGAAGAGUGUAACAAACAUGGUGGAGUCAUACAUAUAUACGUGGACAAGAAAUCUGCUGAGGGUAACGUCUAUGUGAAGUGUCCCAGCAUUCCUGCUGCCAUGGCUGCAGUUAGUGCUUUGCAUGGACGCUGGUUUGGCGGUAAAAUGAUCACAGCAGCUUAUGUCCCUCUUCCUACAUACCACAAUCUUUUCCCAGAGUCAGUGCAAGCCACACAACUUCUCAUGCCCAGUCGCCGGUGAUCAUUCACCCUCAGAAGACUUUUUUCAGCCGUUCUCUUUUUAACUUUUGGACAACAAUAACAGUUCUGCAGGCUGUGGCACAGUUAAGUUGGUUACAAAAUUAGUAAGGUUUAAAGAUUAAUUUGCAUAGUGUCCUUACUGGUCUUGGACAUUUAAAAGAAGGUCUGUGGUUUAAAAAGUUUCCUAUGUACAGCUUACUUAUUGAAAUUUGUCUCUUGAUCUUUUAUUGUUCCUUUUUGCUUUUCACAUAUGUUGUCUUUGUGAUAGAUCUGAUUGGCAUGUUUCCCACUUUGAGGAAUUAUACAAUUAGCCAUGCAAGAAAAGUAUUGAAUGAAUUGAAACCCUCCAAAUGAUCCAACAUCAACAUAUUCAGGUUUUUGGCUCUGUGAGCUGUGGGAACUAAAUGGCUGACAAAUAUAUUUUGUUCAUUCAGAGACCUUAAGGGUAUAGCAGCAUCUUGUUUUUCUAAUCAAGUUUUGAUUUUGUAAAGUCCGUGUUGAAAGUUAAUUUCAAAUAAAGCCAAAAAUACUUUUAAUUACCCUUA